AUGCCAGUUAAAGCUAUACCUAAAGUAUCUAUAAGUCGGAAUGGUGUUGGAGCAUACGUUUUGCCUUGCCAUAGAAUAUCCGUGCAAUAUUGUAACCACGGUGGAUCAUCGAGUGGUAUUCGUGAUUUGUUAGCGUCAGGUUCAUUAAACUCCAUGGCAUCGGCCAAAUCAAAAAUAUACUUUGACAUAACGAAGCAGAAAGGACACCCAAAUUUGGUAUUCCAUUAUAACAACGAUCACACCAACCAGGUUAGUAUUGCCAAUUUGCCAGCCAGUGAAAUAAUGAAUAAGAUUAAUGAACACUCACAAGCCACUGGAAACAAAUUAUUUAAAUGGAACCACAAAGUAUUAUCUAUCAAUGAGUCUGUUAGAGGUAUUUGGUCUCCAUUGCAUACAGCAAAGGAAAAUAGACAUAAAAUUUGA